AUGCUUGCAUGCUCUGACAGGAGUCGGUUUUCCACAUGGCGCUUUCCGCAGGUGGGCAAACCUGUGCCCACUUAUGUGCAGCGAGCCUUUCGGGUCAAAAUCUUCGCCCUUCUCGCGCUACAGCAAGCAGUCUGCCUGGCGAUUAUGGUGCUGCUUCGCCAGUUUGCCUGGGGAGGGCGGCCCGUGCAAAAAUCGCUCGCGGUCGAGGGAUUCUACUACUUGUUGAGCUUCACCGACAUGGUAAUGAUCAUGCAGUUAUCGCUCAUCCGAAACAAUUUCCCGUACAACUAUCUCUUGAUGUCCGUGAUGACAUGUGUUGCGGCAGUGCUCUGGAGUUUGACCGAGUCUCUCUUCGCAACACUUCUGCACCUGGAACUUGCUUGCAUGACGUGUAUAGCAAUGGGCGUUGCGUCUAUGAUGUGUGGUUUGCUGACGCGCGAUGACUUCAAGUACCUUUCCCAGCGAGCUGUCCCGGCUGCACUCGCCACUGGCUGGUUCACGGCAUCAGUUGUGGCCUUGCUGGCGGCAAGACUGACACCACUCCAUGAGAUCAUUCACAUCUGGGAACCAUGGCUCGCCUCCGUAUUGCUGGGCCUUCUUCUGUCACUUAUGAUGUUUGAAGCAAGGUGGGUGUUUUUUAGAAGCCAGCCGGAUGACUUCAUGGGAAUCUUGAUCAUCUUGAAUGGCAGUAUGAUGAGCGUUGUCAGCAUUCCAUCCUUCGUAAUCAUCUACGGCUUCUUGUACAUGACGCGCGUGGAGGAGCCGAAUGAAGAGACUGACCCUAGACCACAGGAAGAUCUGCCGCGAAACAACUUAGAUGAUGUGGAUGCUGCCCCAGCACCAGCAGGACCGGCGGCAAGUCUCUCUGAGACGUCGCAGAGGAUCGAUUCACGGGUCACCGAUCUUGAAAAGAAGAUUGCCAAGUGUGAUGAGGAUCUUCGGAGAUAUGUCGGCGGGAAAGCUUCGGCACAGCAGAAGCAGCUGGCUCUGCAGUGCAUGAAGAGGAAGAAGAUGUACGAGCAGCAGCGCGACCAAAUCCUGGGAACGCAGUUCAAUGUGGACUCGCUUGCCGGUGCACAGGAGCAGGCCGAGAUCAACAUCAUGACUGUUGAGGCCAUGAAAGUGGGUCAUCAAGACUUGAAAGAGCGCUAUGAACAGAUCGGCGGCGUUAUGGACAUCGAAAAGCUGAUGGACAACAUGGCAGAUUUGAACGACGAAAUCGCUGACAUCAAUGAGGCCAUCUCUACGUCAUAUGCGGUGCCUGACGGCUUCGAUGAGUCAUCCUUUGAAGCUGAGCUGGAUACUGAGACUGGGAUGUGGGAAUCGUCAAAAUGCGUGAAUGGGAGCCUCAAGCAGCAAAUUCAGAAGUCCGCGGCCUUCAGCUUGUCCUAG